CCAUUCUGCCUUCGAUGGUGGAUAGACGCAGUGGACAUAUUGUUGUCAUCAGUAGCGUGCAGGGAAAGAUCUCCAUACCGUACAGAUCUGCAUAUUCUGCAUCUAAGCAUGCGACGCAGGCCUACUUUGACUGUUUGAGGGCAGAGGUCGAGCAGUUGGGCCUGGCGGUGUCAGUCAUCAGCCCUGGUUACAUCAGAACCAACCUGUCCAUCAAUGCAGUCACGGGGGACGGCUCGAAUUAUGGAGUAAUGGACAAAACCACAGCGAGGGGGUCGGAUCCGGUGGACGUGGCAGGUGCCGUUCUGAAAGCUGUCUGUCACAAACAGAAAGACGUUGUAUUGGCUGGACUGCUGCCAACUGCAGCCAUCUAUCUGCGCACACUGUGGCCCGCUCUCUACUUCAGACUGAUGGCUUCACGUGCCAUAAAAGAACACAGAGUGAAGGAGGAAUAAGAGAAAACAGUAUCUUUGCAUCUUUCUUCGUCGAAGUUUUAUGUCUAAAGGUAAAUACUCAUGGAAUGUAUUUAAUAAAUAUUUAAAAAUGGACUCAGUUGCUCGAAUCACCCCUGAUCUUUGAAAAACACAACAGUCUUUAGAU